AGCCUGAGUGAGGGCAGGUGGAGUUGUAUAUGUUUCAAACGGUUCUCAAAGGCAAGUUUACAGCUGACUAAUUUUUUCCUUAAUAGCUUCAGUUGGACGCGUCCUUGAACCAAACGGCACAGAGUUUGGAGAACAGACGAAGAACACAGAGAUCCAGACAGCGACAGAAAGUCCUCGAAUGCGAUUUGAAAAGAAUGCAGACAGAGACAUGGAGAUAGUUACUUUACACGAGGAUGAAGAUGAGGACGAUGGCAGGAGCAAGGGCCAGGAAAGGGAAGGCGAACGCAAGCGAGGAUGUGCAAUCGUGAAGGGGGCAAUGGCUUCAUGGCUUCAACGUGUUGUCAACGCAAUUGCUAUUGUGGCUAAAACCGACUCCGGCUCCCUUCCCGUCAGAUCACGCAGAGCCUCCGCGGGGAUCUGCAUAUCACUCGCGUCAUACUGGGUGACAUGAUUCCCCAGGCCCCCUGUGUAACGUGAGCCCUUACGAAUAGCGCGACGAAUGUCCCUAACGAGGGACAGGGGUUGUGUCGGUCCAUCUCCUGCUCUGGAUGUAUUCAGGAGGAAUCUGAUGACUGCACCAUGGCUCGUGGGCAAGCAAGUACUCUUUCGUAAGGUGCUAUUACCAAGAUGUGGAUCAGCACAAUCCAGUACUAGUAGUACUAGGAGUAGU